AUGGGGAAGCCUGGAAGUACGUAUAGUCUUAAAUUUCUUGAUUUCACUAAAGCAUUUGAUAAGGUAUGGCAUAAGGGUUUACUUUACAAAUUGCAAACUCUUGGGCUGAAAGACCGUCUUCUAAGUUGGUUUCGUAGUUACUUAACAGACCGAAAACAAAGAGUUGUUAUCGAAGGGCAGACCUCGAGUUGGUUAAACACUGAAGCUGGUGUCCCACAGGCUCUGUGCUCGGGCCAUUGCUUUUUCUUAUAUAUAUAUUUACGAUAUUGGUGUAGACAUUGUUUCUAACUGUUUUCUUUACGCCCAUGACACAUCUUUAUUUGACAUAACUGACGACCCAAUAAGUUAAUCGGCUCCAAAAUUAAACUCGGAUCUUAAUAAUAAAAUUAGUCAAAAGUGGUGUAAACAGUUGCUAAUGGAACUGAAUCCUUGCAAAUGUGAAAGUAUUACAUUUUCAAAAAACUUUCUAGACAAACACAUCGCACACUAUGUUUAAAUGGCAAUACUUUACGAGAAGUUAAUUCUCAUAUUCGUGUAGGAUUGAAACUUACGUCAAAUUUUACAUCGAGUCAUCAUAUUCAACGUAUACAUAAAAAAGCUAGCAAAAUGAUGAAUCUCUUAAAAAGUAUAAAACAUAAGCUCCAUAUAUCAACCCUUAUUUCAUUAUAUAAAAGUCUUAAUAGACCUCUGAUGGAACAUGCUUCUAGAGGGAAUCCAGAACGAAUCGGCUCGUAUAUAGUUACUGGAGCAAUAAAAGGACAAACAGGGUACGAUUAUUGAACGAAUUAUACUGGGAAGAUCUAAAAUCUAGACUGAAGAUGUUCAUAUAAAUUAUCGUCGCUUUAUAAAAUAAUAAAUUGCCUUACUUCAUCCUACCUUCGCGAUUUUUUACCUCCAUAUGUCCAUCAGAGAUCUGAUCACCACCUUAGAUCUAAUGAAGAUUUUAUCUAUAUUUCUACUAGUACCGAACGUUUUAAAAAAUCUUUUUUCCCAUCAGUAAUUGCAGCUUGGAAUGAACUUGAUAAUAACUUGUGUAAUGUAGAAUCAUUAUGUACUGUUUAAAACACGAGUAGGAGUGUUUUAUCAGAUAUAAAAUGCGAGGCGCAGCCGAGCGUUUUAUAUCUGAUAAAACAGGCAAAGAGUGUUUUGAAUAGCUUAAAAUACGACUACAAAAGAAUAUUAAUUAGGAUGAACCAUUAUAUAAUCAUGCUAAUUAGGACAAACAAUUAUAUAAUGCCACAUGUGUUUUAUCAUAUAUAAAGUCACACCACGUGACAUAUUAUGGCUGACAUGAUUUGCCACAAGGUUUAUGAAUUAUUAAUGAGUAUUUUAACAUUAUUUAAAAGUAAACUACGCAAUAUAUAUUUUUAUGGAAUGAAAUAUGAGCUGCUGCAGUAACAAUCUCUGGGAAAAUUUCAGAAACCUUCGCCGUUCCUGUAAGUCGCUGAUAUCUCGUAAGCGAAAAGAGUUCUUCCAGUCUUUGCCUGUUCUUAUGAAAUGAAACACAAAACGAUUCUGGUCAUUGUUCAAAUUUAUAUCAAAUUCAUUUAGUGUACCAAACAAAAUGAGUUGGAAGCGUGAUGAAGGAACUGUCAUAGCUGAAAAUCCUGAAGACGUUGCAAAUCUCUUAAACAACUUCUUCUUUUCUAUGUUUAAUAAACCUCUUUCCCAAGAAGUUUAUGAUGCCCAUCCAGCGUCCACCACCACCUUCUGUGACCCCAUAAGCGAUAUCAACAUCUCACCUGAUGACGUUCAACGUGCUCUUCUCUCUCUCGAUGACAACAAAGCUACCGGUCCAGACACAAUUCCGGCAAAGUUGCUUAGAUGUUGUGCUCCAUACAUUUCCUCAUCCCUUGCUCAUCUCUUCAAUAGAAGCUUAACUUCCGGUAGUGUACCAGCGGAAUGGAAAGUUUCUAAUAUAAUACCCAUUCCUAAAGGUGGUCAAAAGAACAAAGUUUCAAAUUAUCGACGCAUAUCUUUACUUCCAAUUGUAUCAAAGGUGCUCGAGCGUUGCAUAUACGACCAAUUGAUCAACCAUGUCUCAAGUGAACUGAAUAACCUCCAAAAUGGAUUUCUCAGGGGGACGUCUACAACAUCACAAUUACUAAAGGUUCUACACGAAUUUGGUGAGUCACUCGACAAGAGAAUCCAAACUGAUGUCCUUUAUCUCGAUUUCGCUAAAGCGUUUGACAGGGUCGAUCAUCAGCUGCUUCUCAAGAAACUUAGUAAUUUUGGAGUUUGCGGAAACUUGCUGAGCUGGUUUCAUAACAAUCUAUCAGAUCGCCAUCAAAAAGUUACCAUUUUAGGAAAAACAUCCCAAUCAAAACCCGUUCUAUCAGGUGUUCCCCAGGGUUCAAUCCUUGGCCCUUUAUUGUUUCUGUAUACGUGAAUGAUCUGCCUGAAAAGUCCACCACAUCGUCUGUUGCUCUGUUCGCUGAUGAUACCAAGUGUUAUCAUGCCAUAAGAACAACAGAUGACGUAAAAGCUCUCCAAUGUGAUCUGGAUGGAAUCAGCCAAUGGUGUAGGACGCGGCGCAUGAACCUUAACGAAACUAAGUGUGGAGUUCCUAAAGUAACAAGGAAUCUCAAACCCGUGCAGUCAUCUUACCAUCUCAACAACGAUAACUCAGCCAACUCAACGGUUAUCUGUAAAAGGCUUGUUCAAAAAGAUCUUGGCGUUCUCAUUACUGCAGAUCUCAAAUGGAACCAACAAGUCUCUGCUGUAUGUGCGAAAGCAAACAGAAUGCUUGG